CUUUCCCUCCUAAUUUGAACUUCAGUCUUUCUCAGUGAGCAGCCGUGAACUCGAUUUUCCUCUGAAUCCACUCUGAAUCCCUUUCAUUGAUAAACUUUUUUUAGGAGCACUUUAUCCUCCUUUUUUUCUCUUUCAUUUAUACCUUUAUAACUUUAUACUUUAUAAGGCAGAACACAUUUUCAUCACAGAAAAGAUAAGUCGAGCUGAGAUGGCCUAUGAAAGAUGUCCUACUCUGUUCCUCGCCCUCCUGCUCUGCUUGUCCCCAUGGCCUGCCUCUGGAGGUCCAGAAACAAAUCAUCUAACCUAUAAUGGUGAAACUUGCGUUGAUGAAUGUCAGUAUUAUGAGUCUAAGGCAUACUACUGGUGCAAAACUGCUAUCGGCUGGGGUUACUGCUCUCCUCAGCAAGACGAGACCUACAAAGGUGAAAAUUGUCGGUCAGAUCAUAAAUGUGGACAUUAUGGCUAUGAGUAUAGCUGGUGCUACACAACAAACAACGGAGACUAUGACUACUGUGGACUUGUGGUUCCUAGAAUAUGUCAAGAAGAAGUCGCUCAGCUAACCUAUAGCUUGGAAAACUGCAUUGAUAACUGCACGUAUUCCGAGAACUACUUCUGGUGCUAUACUAAAAACAGCUGGGGCUACUGCUCUCCUAGUCAAAACCUCACCUACAAGGGCACACCUUGUCGGUCAGGUCAUGAAUGUGGGAGCCAUGGCUAUAGCUAUAGCUGGUGCUACACAACAGACAACAAUGACUAUGACUACUGUGGACAAAUUCUAUCCCUCCCGACAUGUCAUGAUGUUUCUCGCUUCAAACGAGCAACAGACAUAAGGGAAAACUGCAUUAUAGAGGGAAGCGAUUACACAGUAGAGCCAACGGAUAAAAUAAUGAAACCCACUAAUAAUUCGUAUAAUGACGCAUUGAAUUUAAUCGAAGAAUGCAAUGACUUUGCUUUGGGUUGCCAGGGAAGAUCUAAUUUGCGGAGAUCAAAGUCUCUUCGCAUUGACAACCAGGGGAUGACAUCUGACGGAUAUAUCAACCUGCAAAUCCAGCAUAAUGUCCAACGAAGCUCAGAUCGGAGCACCACACUGGCUCAGAUCCUAGUUCCUAUUGAUACCUCAGUCUUGGAGAUACGCUCUGCCUUUAGAGUGAGCUUAGAUCGUAGGGCAAAGGUCCAAAAGAUAACGAAAAUGUCCAAAGCAUCAGCAUAAUUUGCCCUUGCCUAGUACAUUUCCAGGACAAGCUGCCCACCUAUCACCAUCUUUGAAAGUACAAUGCUGCCACCUUUUGUGGAUGAGAACCCUAGUAGUGGGAAAUCUGGCUCGUCUGGCAUAGCGGUUAAUCUAUCUCAGCGCAAAUACCACUAAUUGGGAAAAGAUCCGGUGGUCGUAUCCGGUCAAAAUAUGCGGUAUCCGCAAGGCCACAAAGCAAUUAAAAGCAGAGCAACGAGUUCCAACAACUGCAGUCGCCAUAAUUUCUCCCUCCAUGAUGCUUGUAUGUGACACCCUACAAUAACCUGCCAAAAUAUGCGUGAAUGCUGAUUCUAAUGUGAAUCAAUGUACAACCAUGUUAUUCUGAAUCCAGAAACACAAAAAGCAUAAAUACAGCUCAUCUUCAUGCAGAACUAAUGCUUUGCUGUUAAACUUAAUUAAACUGAACAGGCUUCUGUAACUUGCCUUAUGUUAUCCUAAUAUGUGUUGAUCCUUGUAUGUUAUUUGCUGUAAUUAUCGGCGAUCGCACACUGUAUCAGUGCGGUGUCACUAUGUAAUAAAAUCCACAUGUAAUCCAAUGUGACCUCAUGUAUCACAAACUGAAAUGUAUUCAUAUCCAACAUGGAGGGACUUCUUUCUCUCUCUGGCCAAGAGCUCUUUUUGCUGUCCUUGCUUAUUUUCCCCUGGGGCGCCCGCUGUCUACAACUUACUACCUACUCUGCUAUCCUGCUCCAUCUGGACUCACCACUAUGAACACUGUGCCUGGGAGGCUACCCGUUCGCCAACCUCUCUGGCGUUGAAGCGCGUAAUUCGAUUUUGGGCCAUCAGAUUAUAAUCUCUGUUUUAUCUUCCUUUAUCUUAUUUUAUGUAAUUUUUGUAUCAAUGUUACACCACUUUAUUGGAGCCAUUUUUAUAAUACUCUUUUGAAUUGAAAAGUAAAAGAAAACCAAAGAAAAAGUGAAACCUUGUUUUCCGACUCGAUUAUUUGGUUUCUGAUUGCUACUCUCUGACAUUGUCAUCCAAUUCAGGCGGUCAAGAGAAAACUUCUUUAAUCAAGUGUGAUUUAUUAGCCAAAGCUGUGUGAGGUCUUUGAUAUGCUGCUGGUCAGAACAACUAAACAUUACUGUCGGCGAGGCUACUUAAAGCAAACACUACCCGUGUCCUUAGUUCACCUAUUGGCCAAACCUCUCAUCUCCUCACUAUCAGAGCCCUUCCUCGAGCGGCUGCAUAGAACCAGAGCCCGUCUACGAAGAGCCUGGGCACUCCCUAUACGCCCCAUUGUACCGAUUUUGGUUGUAGUUCCAUGAGACAUCCACUGGGGGUGAUCGCGGGCGAGUCCAGAUUGAAUGGGAGUCUAUGGGGCUAGACGGCUAAUUAUGCCUCUUUCACCUGCUUGUCGUUGAAAUAUCGCAAAUUUUAUUGUAGAUUCCGCAAGUUCAAUAUAGAUUAUGGUUCAAAAGUCAAACGAGUGAGUACUUAUGUCCUUUCGAUUUCUUACAGUUUGGGCCGUUGUUGGCCAUACACGCUAGCAUUCUGCUAAUGAAUGCUGAUUGGUCAGGGACGGACUUGCGACUGAUUACGACCAGAGACCCCUCUUGACGGCAUCUGAAGCUGAAGAGCAAUCAGAAACGUCUUAACUCAAUUUUUGCGUACUGUAUUUAUAUUUUCCUGCAGGCCCUUUUAUUUUUUAGAUAGUAUGUAUGGUGAAAGUACAUGGGCAUAAAUGGAAUUUCUUCCAUUUCUUGUGUUCAAUGUUCAAUGUGUUAUAUACAUGGUAGGUACGGUAUGACCACCUUAAAUAAUACAGUCAAUGUCCCGCUCAAUAUCAUUUCAUCUGUCAU